AUGUUUUCACGAGAUCUCAAUGUUCGCUUAUCUGUUGUCUAUGCGGAAAUCUGGUUAGAUGUGCAACGAAUAGACCUUUUUGAAGACAUUGAAAGGACGAUGAGUGGAGUGGUCGAUUAUUCUACUGGUCAUAUCUACAGUAUAGCGAAAGACGCGACCAUCCUGUUUACUGGUGGAUCAUUUGCAAACCAUGAAGCUAUCAACUCUGUGUUCCGUAGUACAUGUACAGCCCGUGCGGCGGCUAUAGUCAAGGUUGGUAACAUUAACAUUGGCAUUUUGAAUUCUGCCUUCAAGAUCCGUUUUGCAUGA